AAAAAAAAAAAAAAAAAAAAAAAAAAAAAAAAAGACAUCAUAUCCCCUAAAUUACCUCCGAGCUGUUUGCAUAAAGGGUCCAGAGGCAGUACACUAUAAGUAGAGAGACAUGAGCUGUGCAGAGAGCACACGGCAACGCUUCUGUUGGACACUCCGUGAGCCUGCAGCAAAAGGGCAACCGAAGCUCAGGUGCACAAACAGCUUUAAAGGACUUGGCAGAUGCAUCAAGCAAAAAUCUGAAACUACAAAUCAGUUGCAGGAACCCCUGUCCCACAAUGCCAUCCAUCCAGCUGCCACUGCUACUCCUCUGCUUGACCUUGUGUGGUGUUUGCUUCAACGGGGGACAUCUCCUUCCAGAGGAGAGUGAGAACAUGGGAAAAAUUCCCCUGGAUGACAUCCUUCAAAGAUCUGAAAGCCUCAUUCUUCAGUCUGUCCUCAAGAAAGCUGAAAAGGAAGAAGAGAUUAAUAAAGAAUCAAAUGCCCCUCUGCUACAACAGCUUUCCAAAAGACAACACCCUGGGAAAAAGUACCUAAAUAACCUGGAGAAGAGACAGCAUCCUGGAAAAAGAGAUGUUGAAGAAGAGACAUUUUAUGGAGACAUUCAGAAGAGGCAGCAUCCAGGAAAAAGGGAGAUGGAAGAUGACCUUGAUGUCUAUCUGGAGCUGAAAAGGCAACUGCCUCCCGGCAGAAAAUCACUGUUGGAUCAGUUUGCAUACAGCCCUAGGGCACAGAUAACCUACAUGAAUAAGUUAUCCAAAAGAGAACAUCUAGGCAGAAGAUAUCUGAUGUUCAAGCACCAGCAUCCUAGCAAAAGAGGCUGGAAUUAUGAGGUAGAUGUAUACAGUGAGAAACGCCAGCAUCCUGGAAAAAGGCACUGGAAUUUUGACCGCUCAGAUGACACAGGUCCCUGCAACUUUCAGGAGUCAUUCACUUGUCAUAAAGGCAGCUUGUUGCUUGAUUUAGUAGAAGAUGUUAGCAGAGACAGGGUAGAAGAAAAGCGUCAGCACCCAGGGAAGAGAUCAGCAUGGGAAAGUGAAACAGAGGAAUGAGAAAAUAAUUGUGUAGCACUUGCAUUUGGUGAAGUAAACUGCCAGAUCACUAAAACAUUCAGUUCACUCCUUUUUGGCUUCCUGCUGCUGACCUCUGCACCUACCUUUCAAUGUGUUAAUGUUCCCAUCCAAGUUAAUGGCUUUGUCAUACACUUAAAGCAAAGGAACUAAAGGACCUAUCUGAAUGGAACAGGAAAGUACUUAAAUUCCCCCACUUUAGGAAGAGUGCUUAUUUUCUUAGGAGUCCAGACCCCAAAAUAAUCCAACUAUGUGUUCCUAAAUGACUAAAACAGGCUCUUAAAUUGCUGUUCUGACGCUACUGAAGUAGAAUAAUUAUAUGGUUUCCUCUCACUUCAGUGAAAUCAGUAAACAGUGAGGAAGAAAAAAGAACACAUGCCAAUUGUUUCAAAAUUAAAUAGAGCAGGUUUUCAGUUCUAAAUGAUAACAUUCUGGACACUUGAGUCCUUGUACACUACAAUCUGUCCAGACAGUAAGCACUAUAAAGAGAAAGGAACAGUUUCAGCUGGAAAAAAAUAAGUGAAUGACUUCAUAAUUUGUCUUGGAACUGGCACAUGAAAACCCUGCUCACCUAAAAGGCUAAAGAGUGCAAAUGAUUAAUGCAUCCCUGAACAUCUCAAGCACACAUUGUGUCCCCUCUGACUGUGUACAGCCCACACAAGAACUCCCACCCUGGUGUGUCCACACUUCAGUCAUGCCACUUGAAAUCAUGCCUUCUCCUCAGACAUGUAAUAAUAAAGCAAGAAGAGAUCCUUCCCUCCCAGUGAGGAUUUCUGAUUUCUCUCCUCUCAAAGGAAUGCUUUUACUUUCUGUAGUCAGACUUCCAAAAGUGUUUAUUUGAUAUGAAUUAUUCAAUAAACAAGAAUAGUCAA